AUGGGUGCCGUUAUACAUCUGUGGGGCCUGGAUGGGAAACCUAGCGUUGUAUCACCCGAAAGCGUGGCUCUUUUUUGGUACUUAAACCAUUUAAACGUGGGUUCAAAAGUGACCAUCGUAUAUUCGAACAACACCGAUUUGUCGCCCAACCAGGAACUCCCGGUGCUGCUGGAUGGCUCGAAGAAAAUAUGUGGUUACGCUGAUAUCGCGUCGUACUUUAGUCCUACACAAUCGGUGCUAGAAACAGCGCUUCUCCAAUAUGCCCAAAACCACAUAGGCAUUUUGACCCAGUAUCAACUAUAUCUCAAUCGCAACAAUUACGAUCGAUUCACGCGCAAAGUAUUUGCAUAUCUACUGCAAUGGCCCAUGUGGUACAAUACGCCUUUGAAAAACAGAAGUUUGGCACGGCAACAAAGCGAAACGCUCGGGUACUUUGCACACCCGGACGACGCCGACCAUGCAGAAUUCGACGCUGAUCAGGUUGAUGACCUGGUGCAAUCGAAGGCCUUCAAACUGACACAAGCAUCCAAAGCACGUAAAGCAGAUAUGCUGAAAUCUGCGCGCUUCAAUUUACAAUACAUGUCCCGCUUGGGCGACCAGAUUCAAUCCUGGCUCGAUGCUCGCGAAAAGCUUGGAUCCACACAACCCAUAGCCGCAGACUAUCUGGUUUGGGCAAAUUUAUUCGUGCAACUCGAACUGCCCGACGGAAAUCUAGUGCGGGAACACCUGCAGCACGCCCUGGGAGACAACAGAUACCGCGAGCUCACCGCGAAUUUACAAAGAUGUUCCCUGUUAGACUCCCAUCUUCCUUACAGAGAAGCCGUCUUCAAUGAGCGUGGGAACCUCCUGAUGAGUGCCUACCACGCUGUUGGUAGACUUGUUUAG